AUGAUCAUUACAGAAGGCAGUCACAGCGUGAGCCGGCACAUUCGUUCCAAGAUGGCUAUAUAUGCAUAUACCCCUUUACCGUUAUUAUUCGGAUUGUAUGCAGAUGAUUCAUCUUUGUUAAGAACAAAUGACGCGUCCGCGGUAGACUGUCCUGUUCUAUCAGAAGCCAGUAAAACUGGCAAGUCAUCGUCCGUGGGUGGUAGACUGAUUUUGGAAACAAAGUUGUUGGGUUCUGUUGGCACUGACGAUACGAAUGAGGAAGGCAAUAACAAUAGAAAUAAUAACGAUAGCAACAAUUAUGGUAGCGCUGACGAUAAAGAGGAAUGUAGCAACGAGGCUUCAGAAAAAAGACAAAUAUGCACAAAUCUUCGAGUAUAUGGUGUCACCGUUUAUAAAACCGAACUCUCCCUAACAAUUCUUGAUUUUCGUGGAACAUAUAGUUUGUUUGAAGUGGAUCAUUUUAAUCUUCCAAAAGAUUGGGCAGACAUGCACAACUUCAUCUUUAUAUGUGAAGCUCUAAUAAAGUGGGCG